CUUUAUGCGCUAACAAUAAUAUUUAUAACUAAAGAUUGUGAAAAAAAAUACAGAUUGUUUAAACAGUAUUUGCUGAAAGACCAAGUAUUAAUAAUUAAUUAUAAAGAAAUUCGCUUCCUAAGUGAGUAUAGGCAAAAGGAGCGUAAAUAUUCAUUAUGUUUGGAAGCAUGGUAACGGCAGUUUCUCUGAGGAGAUGCUUCUAUUUGUCAGCUAUUGUUUUGGUACUGUCAACAUUAAUGGCAGCUGUAAUAAUCGUUAAGUUGUCGCCGUUGGAAUCAGUUAAAUGUCAACCACAUGCAGUAACUCCUGCGGUGGAGUGGAGUACCGUAGCUAACCAAUUAAUGGACUCGGUGACUGCUCAGCAAAUUAAUGAAAAUCAAAAGGAGAUCAAUGACAAGAAGUACAGAGAAAUGAGAGAGAAAAUUAUACAGAAUAAGGUUGCCCGGAUGUCUAGGAAGAUGCGAAAUAAAGUUCUUCCGUUGAUUAAGAACGACACCAUUGUUGAACCUAAUUAUAACAUCCACAUAUUUUAUUAUGCAUGGUAUCGGUCUCAAGCAUACGACGGUGUCUGGAAACAGUGGAAUCAUGAUUAUUUACCAAAUUGGAAAAAGAACGAUAAACGAGUAUUUCCAGAUGGAAGUCACGAACCACCAGCUGAUAUAGGAGCCAACUAUUAUCCCAGUUUGGGCUGCUACAGUUCAACAGAUCCACAGGUUAUAGAUAUACAUAUGAAACAAUUAAAAGAAGCUGGCGUGGGAGUUAUAGUCUUCUCUUGGACUCCUCCUAAAACAAUGGAUAGUACCGAUCCUGUAUUACCAGACGUACUCGAUGCUGCGCACAGAUAUCACUUGAAAGUUGCUCCACAUAUUGAACCAUACGCAGGAAGAAAUCCAAUUAAUUUGAUAGAGCAUAUACGGUAUCUUUUUAAUCAAUACUCCUCGCAUCCAGCAUUAUACAGAAUGAGAAGGGAAGAAGAUGGAACAGUUUUACCAGUUGUGUACAUCUACGAUUCAUACGUAUUUCCGUCAAGCGCUUGGUGGGAAUUAUUGUCUUUACGAGGAAACUUAACUCUCCGAGGCACGGAAAUCGAUGCAAUCUAUAUCGGACUGUUGGUAGACUCACAACACCGAAAUCAUAUUAAGAAGUCUCAUUUUGAUGGAUUUUAUACGUACUUCGCCGCAAACGGUUUUAGUUACGGUAGUACAUGGAAAAAUUGGAAAGACUUGAAUAAAUUUGCAAGACAGAAUGGGCUCUUGUUCAUUCCUGGUGUAGGUCCUGGUUACAUCGACACACAAGUACGACCAUGGAAUGCUGAAAAUACAAGACACAGACGACAUGGGCAGUAUUACGAAGUGGCUUGGAAAAGUGCAUUGAAUAGUGGAGCAACCAUGAUUUCCAUAACAUCGUUCAAUGAGUGGCACGAAGGUACUCAAAUCGAACCAGCAAAACCAGCUAGUAACAAAGACUUCACCUACCUCGAUUAUGAGCCCGAAGGUUCUCACUUUUAUCUGAAUUUAACAAAAUGGUGGAUACAACAGUUUAUAGAGAAAUAUACUAACACAGACCAGAAAGACUGAGAGCUUCGUUUCACUGAA